UAUAUCGCGACAUUUUUGUUUCUGCAAGGAUACUAUUAAAUACAAGGGUGUUUGUCUGCCUAUAGAAGAUCAUACUCGAACAUGACUACCUACAUAAGUAUAGGCAACUUAUCAGGAGAACGGCAAUAUGAACAACGGAUUGGACUUCAAAUACACAAAAUGAGAACAAUCGGCGACCUUCGGGUGGCACUGGUAGGCCCAUUGGGCUUACCACGUGAUCGAUUUGAUGUCAUCAAAAUGUCAGAAGCUUUGCUCUACAACGAUACAGAGUUACUCACACAUAAUGACUGGUCUUCAAAAAUGGUUCUGGUAAUCCAUCCACCUUCGCGUCCAAUCUUUGACCAUCUGAAGACCACAGAAACCGAUAUGGUUAAUGGGGCCUAUGAGGAUGAACAACGAACGAUCAUGUCUUGUGGCCAUGGAAUUGUGCCUGCUACACUCUACGAGUACUGUUGGAAUAGUCUACAACAAGGGGACCUGGAAUUCAAAUGUCCAGCCAUUGAUGAGUUCAGUGUCCGGGGCGCCCAGACAACUUGUGGCGCCACCUGGACCCUUUAUGAACUCACCAUAAAAGCACAGUUAUCACAAGACGAACGCAUCUUAUUCGAGAUGAAGCUAAGCAAGAAUAGUUUGGCGAAGAUGAAUGAAGUGCAGGAGUGUCCGUUCUGUCGAUCGCUUGCAGUUCGUGACAAUAUUAAAAAUGACAGAGUUGUGUGCAUUAACUGUAGCAAAACAAAUCCAGAUAAUUCUGAAUUCUGUUGGCAAUGUCUGCAUCCAUGGACAACGCCUAACGCGAUCUACUGUGGGAAUCUAUCGUGUUCCACAUCUAAGGGACAAACGGCAACACAAGAAAUCUUGAGAACGUGUUCGUCCAAAGUUAUGGGUGACUUCAACAGAGCAUCGCCAACUGUCCGCGCUUGUCCAAGCUGCAGUGCUCUUGUUGAACACACAUCCGGUUGUAAGCAGAUGACUUGUAAAUGCAAGCACAUAUUUUGCUUUAUUUGUUUGAAGCCAUGGAAGAAAAAAGGUGUUAGCGGAGGGUGCGAUUAUGGAAACAACUGUGACCCUGCACAGUGUCAAUCAGUAUAGAGACAUCAUUGAAGGAAUGAAGCUUCUCUGUCACCAACUUGUCCCUGUGGCGACGAUGCCACAAGAACGGUUUACUGUCAUUUCGAUUGCUUAUCAGUGAUGUUUUUCAUGCUUUGUUAUAGUAAUAAACAAUAAUAAAUAAUAAAAGACUUUAUUUAGGGUCGAUGACACUUUGAGUCACAAGACUC